AUGACCGCAGCGGAGAGGACCGUGACCCUCCUGACCACAGUCACCACGGACACAGCGAUGAACCCCACGAUGGUCACGACAGCCACCAUGGACAUCACAGUCACCGGGAUGAGAAUGAGGAAGACAGAGACCUCCAUUCCUACCAUGCUCGCCAUGAUGACCUCUAUAGAACCACUCACCAUGCUCGUGGUGAUGGCCCUGAGAGCCACCAAGCUGACCAUAAUGGUGCACGCUAUAGUCACCGGAGUCUUAACAAUGACUCUGAGGAGGAUGAAAAUAAUCUCCACGACGACCCUGAUAGUGACGAGGAGGGGGAAGAUCAUCACCAUCAUCACCAUCAUCACCAUGGUCACCAUGAGGAUGAUGAGAAAGACGAGGAAGAUGAUCACCCCCAUCACCAUCAUCACCAUGGUGACCACGAGGAUGAAGAGGAGGGGGAAGAUCAUCACCAUCAGCACCGUCAUCACCAUGGUGACCAUGAGGAUGAUGAGGAAGAGAAAGAUCAUCACCCCCAUCACCAUCAUCGCCAUGGAUGAGGAGGAAGAUCAUCACCACCAGUACCAUCAUCAUCACAGUGACCAUGAGGAUGGUGAUGAGGAGGAGGAAGAUCACACCCAUCGCCACCAUUACCAUGAUGACCAUGAUGAGAAGGAGGCUCAUCACCAUCAUCACCACAGUGCCCGUGAGGCUGAUGAUGAAGAGGAGGAAUAUAAUCAUCCCCAUCACCAUCAUCAACAUGGAGGUCAUGAGGAUGCUGAUGAGAAGGAGGAGGAAGAGGAGAAGGAGGAGGACAAUCACCAUCCCCAUCACCAUAGCCUCCACAGUGAUCCUGGUGAAGAUGAGGAAGAGGGACACCGUGAGCUCGUUCACCACGGACACCAAAGCGUCCCCAAGAGUGAUGACACAGAAGAAGAAUCAGAACAUCCCCAAAGCCACUACAGACAUAGAGAGGACCAUGACCUUGAUAAUGACCACGAUGCCCAAGCUGGCCAUGGUCAUCAUUACGGCCCCCAUGAUGAUACUGAGGAUGCUGAGGAAAGCCACUAUGACCUUGCCCACCCUGCUCAUGACCACCAUCCUGAGGGUGAUCCUAACCUCGAUGGCUUUAAUGCUCCCUGGGAUGACCUCUCCAUAGAGGACCACCCCCACCGGUCCCAAGACCUCCAGAGAGCCCAGGACAGCGAUCUUUUACACCACACCACAGUGAGACACUUGGACAGUGCUCCCCUGGUCGCCUGGGACUUGAGUGAGGACAGGCUUGAAGAGGAUCAGGAGGGAAAAGAGGAUAAAGAAAAGGAGGAGGAGGCAGGAGAUCCCUCCCACCAUUACCACGAUAAAAGCAAGGAGGAUCUUGGGGAAAGUCCCAUUCACUCUCUGGAAGGUGAGAGGACUGGCGAGGAGGAGGAAGAGGAGGAAGAGGAGGAGGAGGAGAGGGAGUACCAGCCAGGCUCCCUCUGUCAGUACUGUUCCUUCUGCAAGCGGUGCACGGAGUGUGAGCAGUGUCACUGUGACCAGGAGAACAUGGGGGAGCACUGCGAUGACUGUAAGCACUGCCAGUUCUGCUACCUCUGUCCCCUGCUCUGUGAGACCGCCUGCACCCCCGGAAGCUACGUCGACCAGUUCUCCUCUUCGUUGUUCCAAGCCCUGGCCGAGAUGCUGGAGGGUCCCGAGCCGUGAUCCCAUCGGUCCAGGCCCUCAGCUCAGAGGUCGGCUGUCACCCCUUUUCUCCCCUCUCUCCCCCUCUCUUCCCUCCACCUCGGUGCGAACCAUUAUUUAUUAAGAAGCCAAUUAAAUCAGCCCCUCAUGUGGGGGGGGGGUGAAACUGGAA